GAAUCCUGGUCAUAACCACAAUGUUUUGUAAACAAUCAACAAGUGUCUCAAUGUAAUUUAACUUUAAUCUAAAAAUGAUCAUGCUGCCCUAUUUAUCACGUCCCUAAGUGCAACUGAAAAUUCGGAAGCACUAGUAAAAUGUUAUACGAUGAAAAAACCGAAGCAGUUUAUUUAUAUUCAGAUUUUUCUAUUAAUGUUAUUGAUUGUAGUAUUCUAUUUUAUAUACAUGAGCAAUAAUCUAACUCAAGAAUCGACUUUAACCGAAUCCAGCGUUCUGAUCCACGCUAAGACUAAGACCAAGACCACAACUGCAACACAAAAGCAAGAAUUCAACAUUUGGUUAAUAUUCACUAAAGUUAAAAAGAAGUCUUUACUGGCAAAGAAGUUUGUAAACUUGGUGUAUAAUUUAAUUAAUGUGUCUUCGGUUCCUUUAACAUUCCAUAUAAUUAUUGAUGAAAAAUCCAAGCUCUUGGCCGAAAAUCAGCUUUCAGAAGUCGUCUAUAAGACAAACAAAACCCUAAUUUACAAGUUUUACAAUGUGCAAGAGUGUGCCUUGAAAAUUGCCGACAUUGUAGAUGUGAUGACUCCAUAUUUCAGCUCUAAGCCAGGUACCUAUUAUAGUGAUGCACUUUUUUAUAUUUCUUUGGGACUUUAUAGAGUAGCGCCAGUCUCACAAAAGAAAGCAAUAUUAUUAGACUGUGAUCUCUACUUUGCGGAGGACGUUAAAUUGUUGUUUGACGAAUUUAACAGGUUUAAGUCGACAGCCUUGUUUGGCUUAGCUCCCGAAUUAUCACCCGUAUAUUUCCACAUUUUGCAUAUGUACAAGAAAAAGCACAAAACCACCUUUGGGGACUUUUACCAGCAGCACAACACAUCCUUGGAUAAUGUUCAUCCAAGGGGCUUCCAAGGAUACAACAGUGGUGUAGUUCUUAUUAAUUUUGAGAAGCUUCGAACUUCUAAAAUGUUUUCCAAAAUCAUUUCGAAGUCUAGCGUCUUUAAUAUGACAGAAAAGUAUAAAUUUAAAGGGCACUUGGGAGAUCAAGAUUUUUAUACUUUACUUGGCUUUGAACAUUCCGAGCUUAUUCAAACCAUAAAUUGUGGUUUUAAUAGGCAGUUAUGCACUUGGUGGCAAAACCAUGGCUAUCAAGAUAUUUUUGGUUUUUACUUUAAAUGUGAACACCCUAUAGUAGUUCUACAUGGAAACUGCAAUACGAAAAUUCCCACGUAAAACAUUGCAUUAGGUAAAAUAUGCUAUAGUUCAUCCAAAUCCAAGACGGAGGAAACCUAUAGAAUGUAGUUUAGAUAUAUUAACGUUCAGUAGAUCACCACGAACUCUGAUCGCUUCUUCGGAAAAGGGCUUGACCGCUUCUUCGGAAAAGGGCUCGAUAUAAUUUAUUGCUGAUGGAGAAGUUGUCAAUGCAUUUUUUCUGCAUUGUGCAUUCGUUUGAGUUGCUCCGGCUUGGAAUUGUAUCGACUAGAGAUAAUUUUAGGUACAAUUGAUAAAUGCUCAGUAGGCUCGAAUCUGGUUUAUUGACUGAUAUACUCGAAAUUUUUACGCGUCCUUGCCAAUUUUGCCAUUCUCAGAAUAUGUGUAUAAGGUGCAAUAUUUGGUGUUAUGUUUUUUAUAAAUUUGUAGAUACAUAUAUUAUCAUUCCACUUGACAUUAUGUAGUGAGUUUUAUUGUUCUCUUGUUUGACGAAAACUACUUAAGAUAACGUGUACGACAAAGUGUUAAAUAAAUUUAUAUUCUUUAUAUGAA